CAGCAUGGAACGGGUAAAAAGCUUAGUGAUAAUCUUGAUGAAGGAGCGUGAUAAAGCGAGAAAAAGAGUAGAUGAUUUGCACUUAGAACUUAAAAUAACCUCAGAGAAAGUCAUAACGACACAGAAAGAUAAGAAGACGUUGGAAGCUAAGAUAAGGUUAUUGGAGGGCGAGUUAGACAGAACUUAUGAGGAAAACAUUGGGAGGAAAACAGUUAACAUGGACCUCGAGUUCGAAGUGGAGAAGGCGGAGAGAGAGAGAAACUCUCAGCAGAACGAGUUAUCCUACGUUGAAAUGGAAGUGGGAACGAGGGAGGGUAAAUUCAACGAGUUGGAAGUGAAGCUGAAUGAGGUGGUACAGGCUUGUGUAAUGUAUGGAGAUGGUAAUAUGUCUAACUUUUGAGAGGUUUGUGGCGUUUGAGUGAAAAACUGAAGUCAUGGAAUGUUCCAGACUUCAGUAAAAAGAGACCCGAGGAGUAAUUUAUAUUGAUUGAAACAGGACUUAAGUCAUUAAAGUAUUUGUAGAUGAAAAUUAGAUUUGUCAAUUCGCUUUUUACAUAAAAAUUACCAGAUGCAGAGAUUUUGAUGCUCCACUAUAUUAAAA